CCUAAAUCCCUCCCUGCUCAGUCUACGCUCACCAUUACUUCAAUUCUCUGUCUUUGAUCUCUGUUUUCAGUGAAAAAUGGAUAACAUAGAAGCAACCUCUAAUGGAAACAUUCUGACCGAGACAGAAUCAAAGGAGGAGGAGAAUAAAAAGAUGAAGAAAGAGUCAGUUUCAUUGAUGGGUUUGUUUAGCGCAGCAGACAAAGUUGAUUGGUUUCUAAUGUUUCUAGGCGGUUUAGGCGCGUGUAUUCAUGGUGCUACGCUUCCGCUCUUCUUCGUGUUCUUUGGAAAAAUGCUAGAUUCUCUUGGCAAUCUUUCUACAGAUCCUAAAGCCAUAUCUUCCCGUGUUUCACAGAAUGCUCUGUACUUGGUCUACUUAGGAUUGGUCAAUUUGGUAUCAGCAUGGAUGGGAGUUGCUUGUUGGAUGCAAACAGGGGAAAGACAAACAGCAAGAUUGCGUAUAAAUUAUCUCAAAUCAAUCUUGGCCAAAGACAUUACUUUCUUCGACACAGAAGCUAGAGAUUCAAAUCUCAUUUUCCACAUCUCAAGUGACGCCAUCUUGGUUCAAGAUGCUAUUGGCGAUAAGACAGACCAUGUUUUGCGAUACCUAUCCCAGUUCAUCGCCGGAUUUGUCAUCGGUUUUUUGUCGGUAUGGCAACUUACGCUGCUGACGUUAGCAGUGGUUCCAUUGAUAGCAAUAGCAGGAGGAGGGUAUGCUAUAAUCAUGUCUACCAUCUCUGAGAAGAGUGAAGCUGCUUAUUCUGAUGCAGGAAAAGUCGCUGAAGAGGCUAUGUCGCAGGUGAGAACAGUGUAUGCAUUUGUAGGAGAAGAGAAGGCUAUAAACUCUUACUCAAAUUCUCUCAAGAAAGCUCUGAAACUCGGUAAAAGGAGCGGUUUUGCUAAAGGCUUAGGAGUUGGCUUAACAUAUACCCUCUUGUUCUGUGCUUGGGCUUUGCUUUUGUGGUAUGCAAGUCUUCUUGUACGCCACGGAAAAACCAACGGCGCAAAAGCCUUCACAACAAUCCUCAAUGUCAUUUUCAGUGGAUUCGCCUUAGGUCAAGCCGCACCUAGCUUAUCCGCGAUUGCCAAAGGAAGAGUUGCUGCAGCAAAUAUAUUGAGAAUGAUAGGGAACAACAAUCUUGAGACUUCUGAAAGAUUAGAAGAUGGAACUAUAUUGCAUAACGUAGCUGGAAAGAUUGAGUUUCAUCGAGUGUCUUUCGCAUAUCCUUCGAGACCAAACAUGGUUUUUGAAAAUCUUAGUUUCACAAUACGUUCAGGAAAGACUUUUGCAUUUGUUGGUCCAAGUGGUUCAGGGAAAAGCACAAUCAUAUCAAUGGUUCAACGUUUCUAUGAACCAAAAUCAGGGGUGAUUCUCUUGGAUGGGAAUGACAUCAAGAGCCUGAAGCUGAGAUGGUUGAGGUCACAAAUGGGAUUAGUAAGUCAAGAACCGGCAUUAUUCGCCACGACCAUAGCUUUUAAUAUUCUUCUUGGUAAAGGGAAUGCAACUAUGGAUCAAAUCAUAGAAGCUGCUAAAGCAGCAAACGCAGAUUCUUUCAUUAAAUCAUUACCAAAUGGUUACAAUACUCAGGUUGGAGAAGGAGGAACUCAGCUCUCAGGAGGACAGAAACAGAGGAUUGCGAUUGCUCGAGCGGUUCUAAGAAAUCCAAAGAUAUUACUCUUAGAUGAAGCAACAAGCGCUCUUGAUGCUGAAUCAGAGAAGAUCGUCCAACAAGCACUUGAAAAUGUUAUGGAGAAAAGAACAACAAUCGUCGUUGCACACAGAUUAUCCACCAUCCGAAAUGUUGACAAGAUUGUUGUAUUGAGAAAUGGUCAGGUUAUGGAAACCGGUAGCCACGAAGAACUGAUAUCAAGAGGAGGAGAUUACGCGACUCUUGUGAAUUACCAAGAAACAGAACCUCAAGACAACCCGAGAUCGAUUAUGUCGGAAUCUUGUAAAUCUCAAGCUGGAUCUUGUAGUUCAAGAAGGGUUUCUAGCUCAAGGAGAACUUCAAGCUUCAGGGAAGACCAAGAGAAGACUGAAAAAGAUUCAAACGAAAAAGUUUUAAGCUCAUCUUCGAUGAUAUGGGAACUUAUAAAGCUGAAUGCUCCGGAGUGGCCGUAUGCAUUACUUGGCUCAAUUGGUGCAGUUCUUGCUGGAGCACAAACUUCAUUAUUCUCCAUGGGGAUUGCUUAUGUAUUAACCGCGUUUUAUUCUCCUUUUCCUAAUGUGAUCAAGCGAGAAGUCGAAAAGGUAGCUAUUAUCUACGUUGUAGUUGGAAUUUUAACAGCUCCCGUAUAUCUCCUCCAACAUUACUUCUAUACACUCAUGGGAGAGCGUCUUACUUCUAGGGUUCGCUUAUCCUUGUUCUCAGUGAUUCUAACGAAUGAGAUUGGGUGGUUUGACUUGGAUGAGAACAACACUGGUUCACUCACUACGAUCUUAGCUGCUGAUGCAACUUUGGUGAGGAGUGCUCUAGCAGAUCGCCUCUCGACAAUAGUCCAAAACCUGUCUCUUACAAUCACAGCAUUAGCAAUUGCCUUUUUCUACAGUUGGCGUGUUGCAGCUGUCGUAACUGCUUGUUUCCCUCUUCUCAUUGCCGCUUCACUUACCGAGCAACUGUUUCUAAAAGGCUUUGGAGGAGACUACACAAGGGCUUACUCUAAAGCAACUUCAGUAGCGCGUGAAGCGAUUGCGAAUAUACGAACUGUCGCUGCGUUUGGAGCUGAAAAGCAAGUCUCAGAACAGUUUACUUGUGAGCUAAGCAAACCCACCAAAAAUGCAUUUCUCAGAGGUCAUAUCUCUGGAUUUGGAUACGGUUUGUCUCAGUUUCUCGCCUUCUGUUCCUACGCUCUUGGCCUUUGGUACGUCUCGGUUUUGAUCAAUCACAAGGAGACGAAUUUCGCGGAUAGUAUAAAAUCCUUCAUGGUGUUGAUCGUCACGGCUUUCUCAGUAGCGGAAACGCUUGCUUUGACCCCAGAUAUCGUGAAGGGCACGCAAGCACUCGGGUCGGUCUUUAGGGUUUUAAACAGAGAGACGGAGAUACCUCCAGACCAACCUAACUCAAGAUUGGUCACUCAGAUCAAAGGAGACAUCGAGUUUAGAAACGUGAGCUUUGCGUAUCCUGCGAGACCAGAUAUCCCCAUUUUCCAAAACCUAAACCUCCGAGUCUCAGCCGGGAAAAGUCUUGCGGUCGUGGGAUCCAGUGGUUCGGGAAAGAGCACGGUGAUUGGACUGAUUAUGAGAUUCUACGAUGCGAACAACGGAAACCUCUUCAUCGAUGGGCAAGGCAUAAAAACCUUAAACCUACGUAGCUUGCGCAAGAAGUUAGCAUUAGUCCAACAAGAACCAGCUCUGUUUUCAACAACUAUACACGAGAACAUCAGGUAUGGGAAGGAGAACGCGUCGGAGGCAGAGAUCAUCGAAGCUGCAAAAGCCGCGAACGCGCACGAGUUCAUAAGCAGGAUGGCACAAGGGUACAAGACGCACGUGGGUGAUAAGGGAGUGCAGUUAUCAGGUGGUCAGAAACAGAGAGUGGCUAUUGCGAGAGCUGUUCUUAAGGAUCCUUCAGUGCUUCUCCUUGAUGAGGCAACGAGUGCUUUGGACACGAGCUCGGAGAAACUGGUCCAAGAGGCGUUAGACAAGCUCAUGAAGGGACGAACCACGGUUCUGGUGGCUCAUAGGCUAUCGACCAUAAGAAAAGCAGACACCAUCGCUGUGUUGCACAAAGGAAGAGUUGUGGAAAAAGGAAGUCAUAGAGAGCUCGUUUCCAUAUCUGAUGGUUUUUAUAAGCAAUUGACAAGUCUUCAAGAAGUGGUGUGACUUGCGAGCGUUGAAGUUUCUUUAACAUUUUUUUUAUUACCUAUAUAUAUGCAUGCACACAUACUAUAAUAGGUAUAUAUUAUGUAAAAUUGGAUCU